GAAUCUAAGCAAGCCUAAGUCUUUAAGUCAAUAAUCCAUUUCAUAAAAUGUUUGGUAAAUGUAGUUCAUAAUUUAGUAGAAGGUGAUCGAAAACACAGCACAGACAAGGCACAAAAUUGCAUUUAAUAUCUUUUAUAAUUUUAAAUUUAUAUAAAAUUGUUCGUGAAGUACAUCCACAUCAAGGUUAGGAGUUUAGAAUAUUAGAUAAAUAUGACUUGGAACCGGUUAGCCUUUAUACGAGUUUUGAGUGAGUUUAGUGCCACGACCUUAUUGAUGCUCCUGGGUUGCAUGGGUGAUGCGGUGAGCAAGGCAAAUGGCGGUUCCUUUUGGAGCAGUAUAAAUUAUGGACUGGCUACAACGGUGAUCUUGCACGUUUUUGGCUUCGUAUCUGGAGCCCAUGCCAAUCCUUGCGUCACAAUCUCAUGCUACUUCAUGGGCUACAUUGCCUCCGAGACGAUGUUCGUGUAUGUGAUAUGCCAGACGGCUGGAGGAUUCUUUGGCUAUUUCAUGCUGCUCUCUAUGCUGCCGAAAGAGAUCUUGGAUAAUAAUAAGCCGGCAGUUUGUUUAGUCGAACCGUUGAGCAGCCUCUCCUCCCUUCAAAUUGUAGCCAUUGAGUCAUUCCUGACCGCUACUCUACUCCUGGGCUGGUGCGCUGUUUGGGAUAUGCGAAAUGGUCGCUUCCUGGAUUCGGUCAGCAUACGUAUGGGUGUUCUGGUUGCUGCCUGCGGUUUCGCCGGGGGACAAUUAACCGGUGCGUUUAUGAAUCCAACCAAGACUCUAAUACCGGCGAUUUUUGAAGGCCAUCCCGAUAAGAUAUUGAUGCAAAUAAUUGGCCAGCUGGUGGCCGCCAUUGUGGUUCCCUUCCUCUGGCGAAAUGGGCUUACGCCACGCUGCAAACUCUUGGAAGACCCAAAUCCCCGCUGUCGCUUCCAUUAUAAGGCUAUGUAGUCGUACCGUGUAAUCUCCCAGAAAGUGUGGCAAUAAACGUGAGCAUCUCAUUGGCUCUAUAAAUGUGA